AAAAACUUGGGAGAAAGACACUCCCAAACAAACCUCCUUCUUUGCCCAUCAGCUCCUUGUCCCCCGACGCCUCCUCCCAAAUCCGCCCGCGACACGAAUUUCUUCAGAUUCCUCUUCUCCAAAUCUUCUCCAUCUCCCUUCCAAACUUAGCUUCUCGGAUUUGAUCCCUUCUCUCGGUGCCUUUCAUUCCCUCGUUUUGUGUUCUGUUGGCUUCUUGGUGAGUUGGGACAUGGGAGUCGCCCAAGAACUCGAGUUCUUGACCCCUUGAUCCAAACUGCCCCAAUUCCGCGAAGUAGCGCCGAGAGGUCUGAUUUUGAGGUCUCUUACAGUGGUAUUGACUCCUCAAUCGGAGAACCCGCCGGGGGAAUUUGGUCCCCUGACCUAAAUAAGUCGGAAAUUUUAUCUCGCGAUGGAGCCGGAGGAGCAACAGAUGGUGCAGCCACCUGUGUCAGCGUCGGCCCCUGCCGCUGAGCUGAAGGUACCAUCGCAUCAGCCACCGCCGAAGCCAGCGGCCUCGACGCAGCCUGCGAUGCCCGUACCGAGGCCAUGGCCAGUGGCCUUCACGCCUAUGAAGCCUAUGGUCGAAGUGAAGAGUGGUACUCCACAAAAGAGAAAGAAGCAGUGUAAUUGCAAAAACUCGCAUUGUUUAAAGCUGUACUGCGAGUGUUUUGCAGCAGGCCUUUACUGUGAUGGCUGCAAUUGUAAACAAUGUGGAAACAGAGUUGAGAAUGAAAAGGCUAGGCAGGAGGCUAUUAACAAUACAAAGCAACGGAAUCCAAAGGCCUUUCAACCUAAGAUCGAAAAUGUUUCGAAUACUCUUAGUGUUCGGAAGGAUGCUGGAGUCCCUUCAUUUCCAAAACAUAAUAAAGGCUGUCACUGCAAGAAGUCAGGGUGUCUCAAGAAGUACUGUGAAUGCUUCCAAGCAAAUAUCCUUUGCUCCAAAAAUUGUAAAUGUAUGGAUUGCAAGAACUUUGAAGGAAGUGAGGAGCUACAGGCUAUAAUUCAAGGGUAUAACGCAUCUGAUCGAAAUAAUAUUCAGCAAGCAACUAAUGUCACUCUGAAUGGUCCCAUCGGAUCCUCCGGGCAUAAGUGUUCACCAGCGUGUAGAAGACAUCCAGACGAUCCCCUUGGUUCAGAGGCUAACCACGUGGAUGCUUCACAAGUUGCUUCUUCUACUGGACUUGAAGGCUGUAUUGGUAAUUAUCAUAGUAAAUCUAAAAUGUUCUAUAGGAAUUUUUGUAGGUCUCCGCUAGCACACACUAUCCAUCCUACGGAUGUUAAUGAUCUAGCCAAUCAUUUGGUGAUUGUAUGCAGAAAGGCAACGGAAGCAUUCCUGACAAUAGCUGAUCACAAAGUAGAGAUCGAUGUAGAGAGGACAAGUUGCACAAAGACGGACCUAAACAAUGAUAAGAUGAAGAAUCAGGAAGUUCAGAAAGCUGUUGUUAGACAACCAGACGAGGCGACCUAUAUUGAUCAUCGGAAUGUUGGUGAUCUUGAAUCCCCUUGCUCUAACUCCCAAGAGGAUUCUAGACCUGCCUCCCCAGGAACACAGGCACUGAUGUGUGACGAGCAGGGCACCGCAUUUGGAACAGAUUACAGAAGUUCAUUUCCGAUGGCAUUGCAUGAUCAGGACACUUCAGAGCUAAAUGGUGUGCAAGAGAAAACAGUUUUGACAGGGUUUCGGGACUACCUCCGGCUAGUUAUAACACGUGGAAAGAUAAAUGAAGGUAACAUAUUAUCGGAGUCUGCUAUGGAGCUGGAAGAUCAAAGACAUCAGAGUGUAAGCACCAAUUUACUUCCACUAAAAGCUGUGGAAAAACCAAAAUCUCCAGAUGACUCUGAAAACCCAAAAGCAAGUGAACCAUCUUCAUCAAAUUGUUGAUCAGAAAACCAUGUUUGACCGUUGAAGUAGAUCUACCCACGAUUGUAAUAACAAAGCCUAUUUCUUUUUAUGUGUAUAUAUGGAAUAGUCCUUGCUGCCAUUUCUGGCAACUGGACAUGUAGCAUCAGCAAUUCCUGAGGUGUAAAGUAAGCAACGAUUUUCCUGCUGAUUAUGUAAUUAAUUUACUCAAUAAAUAAUUAUUUUUACUUAGUCUUA